AUGCCGUACUACGCCUCGGCCGACGACUGGCUGCGGCAGUCGCAGCUGCUGCUGGAGGCGCGCCCGGCCACGACGAGGGUGACGACCAAGUACUCGAUCCGGCCGGCGAAGCCGCGCCGGAAAGCAGGAGGAGGCGAGGAGGAGACAGCGGCAGACCCCGCCACCGCGAAACCGCCGCGCGGCGUCCUGGUCCUCAAGACCUUCGACCCCAAGACGGGCACGGCGCUCAAGUACAAGACCACCAAGGCGGCCGAGGUCUCGCGCCUGGUCCAGGGGCUGGGCAAGCUGGGCCGCCCCAUGGCCGGCCUGCCCGAGCUCCGCGACGAGCCCAUGCUGGACGCGCCCGAGAGCGGCACCGGCACCCCGGCCGGCGAGAAGGCGGCGGCGGCGGUGGGUGGUGACGAGAAGACGGCCGGGGCCCCGGCGCAGGGCCAGCAACAGCAGCAACAACAACAAGCAGCAGGCGGCGGCGGCGGCGGCGGUGGUGGCAAAGGCAAGAAGAAGAAGGGGAAGCGAUGA